AUGCCCUCGACCGACACGUCGACGCCGGACGAAAAGAACGCCUCGCAGUCCCCUCUGUCCUCCGUGAGAGGGGAGAUGAAGCCCAGCAGGGACAACUCGCUGGUCGAGAGCGAGGAGCAGGAGCCCCAAGAAGGCUACUCGUUCAUCGGGAUGCUCUUCAUUCUCCUGGCCCUUAUUCUCUGUGUGUUCUUAACAAGUCUAACUUCUCAGGUCUCCCUCGACCAGACAAUCGUGGCAACCGCCAUCCCCAAAAUCACGGACGAGUUCAAGGGUCUGGACCUCGUGGGCUGGUACGCCAGUGGCUUCUUCAUCACCAUUGGAAGCUUUCAGUCGACCUUUGGCAAGAUCUACAAGGUAUUCCCGCUCAAGGCGGGCUUCAUGCUGGCAAUCGUGGUGUUCGAGGUUGGUAGUCUGCUGUGCGGUGUCGCGCCCAACAGCACCGCGCUCAUCUUUGGACGUGCCAUUGCUGGGAUGGGCGCUGCUGGUUUAGGCUCCGGAGCGUACACUAUUAUUGCUUUCUGUGCGCCGCCGAGCAAGCGUGCGGCUUACACUGGGUUGCUGGGUGCAUCGUAUGGCAUUGCAUCGGUGGUAGGACCUUUAUUGGGUGGUGUCUUUGCAGAGAAAGUAUCCUGGAGAUGGUGCUUCUAUAUCAACCUGCCAAUUGGUGGUGUCUCUGCGGCUAUUAUAUUGUUCACCUUCAAGGCUCCCAAGCGUGCCACGACAGAGAAAGCCUCCCUCAAGCAGAAGAUUCUUCAGAUGGAUUUCCCUGGCACCUUGAUUGUCAUGGCAGCAAUAGUCUGCUAUGUGCUUGUAUUUCAAUGGGGAGGACAGACCAAAUCCUGGAAGAACUCAGAUGUCAUCGGCACCCUCAUCGGCGGUGCUCUUCUCGUCGUCCUGUUCAUGAUCCUCUCCGCCUUCCAGGGCGAGCGCAGCAUCAUCCCACCGCGUCUCUUCAAGAAGCGCUACAUCUGGAGCAGCAUGGCCUUCAUGUUCUUCUUCGGCGGUAGCUGGUUCGUAGUGUUGUACUACCUCCCCAUUUACUUCCAAGUCGUGUCCGGCGUAUCAGCCUCGCAGAGCGGCGUGCGCAAUCUCCCCCUAAUCAUCAGUCUCGUCAUCACAACCAUCCUAACCGGCGGCCUCAUCUCCGUCAACGGCCACUACCUCUCCUGGCUAUUCCUCUCGGGCGUUCUCAGCACCGUCGGCUCCGGCCUUCUCUACACGCUGGACAUCGACUCCUCAUCCGGGCACUGGAUCGGGUACCAGAUUGUUGCGGGCGUAGGCUUUGGCGCAGGCGUGCAGCUGCCCAUCAUCGUGGGCCAGGCACUUAGCGAGCCAGGGGACAUCACCACCUCGACGGCGCUGAUGCUAUUCUCCCAGACAAUUGGGGGCGCACUGUUGGUCGGCGCGGCGGGGGCUGCGUAUACAAACACGUUGCUGCGAAAACUGCCCAUCACCGCUCCCACUGUUGAUCCGCAAAUCGUGGUUAAUAUUGGCGCGACGCAGAUUAGAUCCGUGUUUACGACGAAGCAAGUGCCCGGGAUCAUCCAGGCUGAGAUGGACGGCGUGCAUGUGGCGUUUGCGUUGGCUAUUGCGUGUGCGGGUGUUGCGGCACUGACGACUCUGGCUGCCCAGAGGACGAAUCUCAAGGGGAAGGGGCCGAGUGUAGGGAAUGUUUAG